CGCUCUACCAGCAGUGGCGCGAAAACCUUUCAGUGUGUAGUUUGAGGGCAGCACAGUACACGCCGUACCGACCUUCGUGCAGAAUUUCAAGAUUUUAAAGUAAUAUAAAUAAUUGUUAAAAAUGUCAACCGACGUCGUAGACGACCGGGAGAUGAGAGAGGCUCAGAGGGAUUACCUGGACUUCCUGGACGACGAUCAAGACCAGGGGGUUUACCAAAGCAAAGUUCGGGACAUGAUCAGCGAGAAUAAAGCUCGACUCAUCGUCAACAUCAACGACCUGAGGAGACGCAACGAGGCCCGGGCUGCAAAGCUGAUGAACAACGCCUUCGAGGAGCUGCUGGCCUUCCAGCGGGCUCUGAAGGACCUGGUGGCCUCGGUGGACGGCACCUACGCCAAGCAGUACGAGGAGUUCUUCAUCGCCCUGGAGGGCAGCUUCGGCAACAAGCACGUCACCCCCCGAACCCUGACCUCCCGCCUGCUGGGCAGCAUGGUGUGUGUGGAAGGCAUCAUCACCAAAUGUUCUCUGGUGCGUCCUAAAGUAGUGCGCAGCGUCCACUACUGCCCGGCAACCAAGAAGACGAUGGAGAGGAAGUACACAGACAUGACCUCGCUGGACGCCUUCCCUUCCAGCGCCAUCUACCCCACCAAGGAUGAGGAGAACAACCCUCUGGAGACAGAGUUCGGUCUCUCUGUCUACAAAGACCACCAGACCAUCACAGUGCAGGAGAUGCCAGAGAAAGCCCCCGCGGGCCAGCUGCCGCGCUCCGUGGACAUCAUCCUGGACAACGACCUGGUGGACUUGGUCAAACCUGGAGACAGAGUGCAGGUGGUGGGGACGUACCGCUGCCUGCCGGGCAAGAAGGGGGGAUUCACCUCCGGCACAUUCAGGACCAUCAUGAUAGCCUGCCACGUCAAACAGAUGAGCAAGGAAGUGUCCCCCAACUUCUCUGCGGGGGAUGUCGCCAAGAUCAGGAACUUCAGCCGGGCUGGAAAAAUUGAUGUGUUUGAUCAGCUGUCUCGCUCCCUGGCUCCCAGUAUCCAUGGCCACGAGUACAUAAAGAAGGCCAUCCUCUGCAUGCUGCUGGGCGGCGUGGAGAAGGUUCUGGAGAACGGCUCGCGCAUCAGAGGAGACAUCAACAUCCUGCUCAUCGGUGAUCCAUCAGUGGCAAAGUCCCAGCUGCUGCGCUACGUGCUCCACACGGCGCCCAGGGCCAUCCCCACCACCGGGCGGGGGUCCACUGGAGUGGGUCUGACCGCGGCAGUCACCACCGACCAGGAAACAGGUGAGCGCAGACUGGAGGCGGGGGCCAUGGUGCUGGCGGACCGAGGCGUGGUCUGCAUCGACGAGUUCGACAAGAUGUCCGACAUGGACCGCACAGCCAUCCACGAGGUGAUGGAGCAGGGCCGCGUCACCAUCGCUAAGGCCGGCAUCCACGCCCGCCUCAACGCCCGCUGCUCCGUGCUGGCUGCGGCCAACCCUGUCUACGGCAGGUAUGACCAGUAUAAAACCCCCAUGGAGAAUAUCGGCCUCCAGGAUUCCCUGCUGUCCCGUUUCGAUCUCCUCUUCAUCGUCCUGGAUCAGAUGGACGCGGAGCAGGACCGCGAGAUCUCAGACCACGUGCUGAGGAUGCACCGCUACCGCAACCCCCGAGAGCAGGAGGGCACAGCCAUGGCUAUGGGUGGGACAGUAGACGUCCUGGCUACAGAUGAUCCAGACACAAUCGCAGAAGAGCACGAGGAGCUGCAGAUCUAUGAGAAGCACAACAACCUGCUGCAUGGAACGAGGAAGAAGAAGGACAAGAUUGUGAGUAAGGAGUUCAUGAGGAAGUACAUCCACAUCGCCAAGGCUGUGUCACCUGUGCUGACAGAGGAGGCAGCCAAUCUCAUCGCAGAGGAGUACGCCAGGCUGAGGAGCCAGGAGCAGAUGGGGGCUGAUAUUGCCAGGACUUCUCCGGUGACGGCCCGUACACUGGAGACUCUGAUCCGUCUAUCCACGGCACACGCCAAGGCCCGGAUGAGCAAAGCUGUGGAGAUGGAGGACGCGGAGGUGGCCGUGGAGCUCGUCCAGUUCGCUUACUUUAAGAAGGUUCUGGAGAAGGAGAAGAAACGGGCAAAGCAGGACCGGGACUCUGGUUCAGAGGAGGAGGAGGAGGAGGUGGCGUCCACUCAGCAGUCACAGAAAACUGCCAAAAAGAGGGGGCGCACUGGCUCUCAGGGCAGCGAUACCUACAGCCCGUACGACUUCAGUGAAGAGCAGAAUGUUCCAGAGAUUCAGGCCGGCCCCCCGAAACCAGCCAAGUCUCUGCGGGAGGAAGAACCGAUGAAGGCCUCCUCACAGGCCGAGCUGUCUGCAGAGAGGCUGAAGGAGUUCAAGUCUUCGCUGUUCGCCGUGUUCCAGUCCGCUCACGCUCAGUCGGUGAAGAUGAAGACGCUGAUGGAAGACAUCAACAAGGGCCGCGAGAGCCGCUUCACGGAGCCCGACAUCCGUGCCGCUCUGGCCCGCAUGCAGGACGACAACCAGGUCAUGGUGGCCGAUGACAUCAUCUUCCUCAUCUGAGGGGCCGGCGUUUCUGAAUUUGAUUACAUGGACUUUAAAAGAAACUGGGACGCGUAUUCUAAUGAACAUUUACCCGAUACUAUUCACAUUUAAUCUGCGGUCAGUCAUGAAAAAAAGAAGAUAUUUGAAACAGUUUGUUCUUAUGGUAGUUUUGAACAACUUUACAGCAGAUUGAUCAAUUUGAUGAAACCACCAAACCAACCAGCAUUGCUCCAACAGAAUAAGGACAUUAUUAAGUUGUCACCCACACUUGUGAUGUCUGGAUUUGUAUAUAGUUGAAGAAAAAUUGUAACUCUUGUGUAUUAAAAAAUGAAAUGUAAUGGGACACAACUUUGGUUCUUAAAUGAACUGACAGUGCUACAUUACAGAAUGUUACUUAA